GUUCCUCCCACCUGUUGUGCAGCAGUGAUGCGCUGCUCCUCUUGGGAGACACGUACGACCUACAAUGUACUCCUGACAACAGCCUCGUGAUAUUUACAGGAAAUAGCGUUUUAAUCAGCGUCCUAUGAAGAGCAUUUUAAUAACAUUGUACAAUGACUGCGAAUCAUGUACGAAAGCGUCGAAAAGGAGGGUCAACAGAAAGAUAACGAUGCAUUAGUAAAAACCGAUAGUUGUGAUCCCCUGGAAGGCGCAACUCCAAACUGGAGUUGUUUCAAACUGAUUAUUGAUCCGGUUUUGAUCGGCGGAGGCCAGAAACUGUACCGCUAUGAUGGACAGCACUUCAGCGCAGCGCAUCCUGAAUGUUUCCCUGUGGAUGUUGUACGAGAUCCCAGAAUUGCACGUUUUUGGACAAAAUUCAAUGAAGCAGAUUUCCCACUUCCCAAUUUUAAGGUUGAUGAGAAUUAUGUUGGAGCGCCAAAGGAGUUGACAUUUGCGAGGCUUAAUGACAACAUUAGAGAUGGAUUCCUAUCUGAAAUGUGUAAACAUUUCGGAGAGGUUCAAGAUUUGAAAGUUUUAUACAAUCCAAAGAAUAAGAAGCAUUUAGGAAUAGCAAAGGUUGUUUUUGAAUCUGUAAAUGCAGCAAAUAAUGCAGUAAAAAAUCUGCACAACACUUCUGUGAUGGGAAACAACAUCCAUGUGGAGUUUGAUCCCAAAGGUGUGAAGAGGAACCGAUACUUCCAGAUGCUUGUUAGUGGUUUAUAUACACCUUUUACUCUCCCUGUUGGAGAAGAUGCCUGGGGACCCCAGUCACCAUCCUCAUUCACUGACUCUUUAACUGAGUAUGAACCACUGAAGAAGUUGUCAUACACAUUAUCAUCAUCAUCAUCCUCAAUAUGUAAUGGCUCCCCUUCGCUGGAUUGUUCUACUCCAUUAUCCACGGAUACUGCCUACUCAAGCAUGCGCCAGGACACACCUAGUAGCUUCUGGCAGACCCCUCAAUACCAAGAUACCCCUUACACCCCUUCUCUGACCCACAGUAGGCCAGGCACACCAUCUCAGUGUGAGAGGACCCCAAAUGAGUCUACUCUGAUAAAUACUGCCUCCGGUAUUCCUUUUAUUCAACAGUCCAUCCCAAACAUCUCACAGCUUCAGCCUGGUCAUGUGACUCAAGCAGCCUGCAAAAAAACUGGCAUUAUUCAAAGUGCUGUGAAAAACUUUUGGAUGCUAGGUGGAGCUCCCUCUCAAAAUGGCAGCUUCUCAAAUAGGCAAAAAACUCCAGGAUGCUAUUCUCACCUUAACAAUCAUGUUCGUGGAGGACACCGGGUCAGACCUCUUGAGAGCAAGUACCAAAACGCAUACAACCGUAGGCCACAGCACCACUAUAUCCAUAGACCUGUAUAUAGGGGAGGCCAUUACCGCUCUGGACCUGUGGCCAAUCAACUGCCUUUUGGUAAAUUUCAGGAAGCUCCAACCACACCAUCACUUUCAGAUAAUUUCACACGCCAAAACUUUACUGGCUUAGUCAAGGGCCUCAGUGUUCAUCACAUUCAUCCUGAUAUGCAGAUAAAUGCAAAUACGUCAGAAAAUACUUUCAGUAGCACUCAAGUACCUUGCAAGACAACUCAAGAGGUGAACCAAAAUCAUUGUCAACCACAAGCUCAAUCUUCUCACUCAUAUACCCAGAAACCGUGUCCUUCCUCUGAAACCACAACUGAUCUUUCAGAGCCAAUAGUGCAGUGUUCUUCUCCUGAAUCUCCUGCUCCAGAAUCAAAGCCUGACAGCCUGGACUCUCGUAUCCAGAUGCUUCUUAGUGCUGGAAGUCCAGUUCUGCCCCUUCUGAACCAAGAGAGUUCAGACUCAGAGACUUCAGCUACUGAAGAGCAUGAUCCAGACUAUCAUCCUCAACCUUCUCCGAAAGCUCCCAUCCCCUCUCCUUCUUGUUCCACAGAUGUUGUCCUAAACCAUGACCAAACAUCAUCUAUUGCGUGCAAUAAUGGCUCUCAUCCAAGAGAAAGUUUAUCUGGCAUUGAGGAUGUGAGUCUUAUUCAGCUCUGUGAUGUGGCAAAAGACGACCAUGAACUUCAAUCAGCCAGGGAGCCCAGGGUCAACCCAAACGAAGGUGAAGAUACUUCAGAUCAGCCGUGUAGUAUACCAGUGAUCUGCAGCAACAGGAGCUCUUUACCCCCUCCCAUACCUGAAAUACCCCCACCUCCAAUCCUAAUUCCACCAUCUGCUCUCUACCCUUCCCUUCCAUCUCCUAAUUUACCUUCAAAAAUGGGUCCUCCUCCACCUAGGGCUCCAUUGUUACCUGGAUACACUCUGCCAAGUUCUUCUUGUUCAUUCUUCCCUCCUCCAAAGAUCCAGAAAAUCUGUAGGCCACCCAACUGGCAGGGUAGCCAAGUACCUCUUCCCAUUCCUACUAGAAUAACACAAGGGCAAACCUCAUUCUCACCACCCUUCCUCCCUCCACCCUUUAAUUUCAUGACUCAACGCCCACCUUACCCUUCCGCUGGGUGUUCAUCUGCCAUACUGAUGUAUAGACCACCCUGUCUUCCUACCCCCAUGCCCAGGUUUGACCCCUCAGUACCUCCACCAGGUUAUGUCCCUAUGAAAGAAUCGCCCCAUAAGGCAACAGUGGAUCGAGUUCUAGCUGUUGUUGCUUCAGAGCUGCGGGCUAUCGUAAAAAAAGACAUACAUCGCAAGAUGAUUGAGAUUGUGGCAUUCAAAGCGUUUGACCAGUGGUGGGAUGACAAAGAACAGGUGGCUAAGGUGUCCAACCCAACUGUUAAAUCGGAAGGAAAUAAAGAUACAAUGCUCAGAGCGAUGGAGCAGCACCUAAGAAUGGGGAAUGCAGGGGUCGAAGGCUCUGUAUUGGGCACAGGAAAAAUAAGUCUGCAUGGUGGCAUCAAACUACCAUCUUUUAAGUUAAAGAGGAAGGAUCCAUUAAGAAAAGCCUCCAAUGAUGUCAAAAGGAUCUGUCCUCUUGGUCUUGAGCACUCUGAGGAUGAAGAAUCAGAGCAGCAAACAGCCCCACUUAAUGUUGAAGAGGACACAACCAAAAGUGCUAGUGAAGACACCAUGGGGAAACGCAGGCAUUCCAGGCCUCUGGCAUUAGAUAGUGAGGAAGAAGAAGAUGAAGAGAAUUCUGACAGAGCAGAGAAUCCCAAAUCUGAGGACGUUCAUGUGUCUGCUCAGGAGGGUGAUGAGAUGAAAAUUGAUGACGAUAAGAAGAGUGGUCCUUGUGUUAUCAUAGAGGAUGAAGAUCACUCAGAUACAGAUACUAUCAGCCACACAAGUUCCAACUCAUCUGCUUCUAAAAGCCAAGGAUACGACUCCUUAUCCUCUCCCAGAACUGUCUCUGACUCCCCAGCUUCUUCUCCAUCUGUUAUUGACUCCUCAGUUUCCUCUAGAAGAUCUGUCUUUGACUCCUCGGAUGACAGGAGCGACAAUUCCUCAGACUCUUUGUCUUCUGGGGAGGAUGAUCAGUUGGAUUGUGAAAAUUCUUUUUCUGAAAUUCCACAUGAGGACAGAAAAAUAGAAGAGACUAUAUGGAUAUCUUCAGAUGAGGAUGAUAAUGAAAACCAAGAGAUGAUUCACACGCCUGUUGACUCAUCAUUCACACACUGGGAAGAAGAUCUCGACCCCCCUGUGACCCCGUGUGCACCAGAUUCAGUAGAAAGUGAUAUCGACCAUGAAUUAUUUGAUUUGAAUCCAGCUAGAACAGAAGACCCAGAGGAGGAACUGAGCGUAAGAGUGUAUAUGCAAGGUCUGAAACUACCUGAGCCUCUUAAAUACACCUUACAGGACCCAGUUAAACACUGUUUAACAAACAAACUAAAGCUCCCAGACCCGGUGUUAUUCUUCUCAGAUCAGGAGUCAGAGCUGCCAAGCCCACCGUCUCCUACAUACAGAGGACUGUCAGAUGAUUUGGAGACUAUUCAAUAUUCUACAGAUUCAGAGGACCGGAGAGUCAUUACAGAAACACUGGAGGAUUCUGAGAACCUCAGACCCAUCACACCCACUGGAUCUUUGUCCGACAGUGACCCUGAAAUGGAGCUGGGACGGAGAUUCUCACCUCCUACUAUUGAGGAGGUGGAACUGCCUCACACACCUGGUGGAUGUCUGGAAAUGGAGGAGACUGAGGAUCAUAUUCUACCUCCAGGACCACCUACACCCCUACCAGCUCCUCCCUCUCCCACAGGCAUCCAGGAACUUCCCUCCUCACCCAUUUACCACUGUCCUCCUCUCCAUUUGUCAUACCCCACGUAUGAGGAAAAACCAAAAACACCAGGCAGGGUCAAUGGUCCACACCAAAUUUAUCACUUUGAGAGAAUAAUACCAUCGGGAUUACUGCAAGAGACCUCACUAAGAACGGGAAGCCCCUGUAACCCCGUUCUGUCUCCAUGUGCUGACAGCGGGAUCCCAAGGACACCAGGGAGAGACAUGUCUCCGUCUCCACCUGUCCAAAACCAUAGAGAGAGAAAUGUUUUGCAUAGAGAGCUGUGGGCUAGUGGACUCCAUCAUCACAACUCUGCCUUUGCACAGUCAGACGCACAAACUAAUAAUUUCAGUAUAAAUAAUAGUCAUGACCAUCAUGUACCCUCACGUGGAACAACUUGUUUAGACACAGCACGCUUGAAAAGGUGUCGAGACCGGCUUAAAAUGAGAAGACGGAUGACUGAAUUACAACAGACAAAACAAUAUACAAAUAUAAAUACUAAUUCGGCCUUACAAGUGAACAAUGUUACAAAAAAAUCUUUUGCAAAUCAGGUUUUGGGGCCUUUGAAUUGUGUCUCAGAUAUAAGGACUGAACAAAGACCACCAGAAGCCUACAGAGAGAAGCGUUCACUAGAGGACACACGUCAACAGAAUGAGAAUCAAAGGCUGCAGGAGUCGUCUUUUGUGUGGAGAAGGUGGAGAGAAUCAUCAUCCACACGUCAUCCUGUCUUCUCUCCACGUUCUGAGAGAAGAGAGAAGUUAGUCCUCCAUGCUGUGUGGACUAAAGGGGUGAAUGAGGAGGAGAUCAAGCACCUGAAGGCCACCUAUGAGAGGCUUGUGGUGGAGGAUGAAGAAUGUGAUUGGUUGAACAGCACACGCUGGGUCCCACAUCCUCCAACCAGCUCUCCUGACGACAGGCUGAGAAGAUGGCGGGAUGGCAUCAGGAAUCACAUGACAGGUUGUGCGCGCAGUGAGGGUUAUUACUUCAUCAGUAAGAGGGAAAAGCUCCGAUAUCUCAGGGAUGAACUUUCUGCUUCAGAAGAGUUUAUUGUAGAUAACCAGGGGAAGAGUAUGCCAGCUCAGAUUCCACCUUCAUCCAGAUCAGGAUCAGAGCUCCGAGCUGAACAGCGUCGCCUGUUAUCCUCCUUCAGCUGUGACAGCGACCUCCUCAAAUUCAACCAACUCAAGUUCCGUAAGAAGAAGCUGCGUUUUGGCAGGAGUCGUAUUCAUGACUGGGGGCUGUUUGCAGAGGAACCCAUUGCUGCAGAUGAAAUGAUAAUUGAAUAUGUAGGCCAGAGCAUUCGGCAGGUGAUUGCAGACAUGCGUGAAAGGCGCUAUGAAAAUGAGGGUAUUGGAAGCAGUUAUCUGUUCCGGGUCGACCAGGACACUAUCAUUGAUGCAACCAAGUGUGGUAACCUUGCAAGAUUCAUCAAUCACAGUUGCAAUCCAAACUGCUAUGCCAAAAUCAUUACUGUGGAAGCUCAAAAGAAAAUAGUCAUCUACUCUCGGCAACCUAUUGGUGUAAAUGAAGAGAUCACUUAUGAUUACAAAUUCCCUAUUGAGGAUGAGAAGAUCCCCUGCCUGUGUGCUGCGGAGAACUGCAGAGGAACCCUCAAUUAGAGAAGGACUCAUCUUACCCACUUGAAGUAUUAGCAGUAAACAAGUUUCAGUCAACAUGAACCUAUUUUUUUAAUUCUGUUAGGAAUAAGGGUUUUAAAUAAAUUCACAAAGGCGUAACACAUUCCUGACCGUCACAGACAUUUGUCAUUUUUUUUCACAGGUGCAAAUGACAAUUUGACAUGAAGAUAAAUGAGCAAAUAUUUCCAGAAUCUCAGAUUUCUAAAUUCUGCACGUGUAAAGUUGGAAAAUGUCCAGAGCAAAAACUUCAGGGCAGAUUUUAAUUUCACUGCUAAAAUGUGAUUUUCAUCAUAAUUAUUUGGAUUAAA